AUGUCAGAACAGAAGGCACUCUUCCUCACGUCCAGACGAGGCCCCUUUGCGAUAGGGACCGCGCCCAUACCGAAGCCCGGUCGUGGACAGCUCCUGGUCAAGAUUGAGGCAACGGCGCUCAAUCCUGUCGAUUGGAAGAUUCAAGCAUAUGAGAUCUUCAUUGAUGACUUCCCUGCGGUCCUCGGCACGGACAUCGCAGGAACGGUGGAGGAAUUGGGCGAGGGUGUGACGGGGUUUGUCAAAGGAGACAGAGUUCUUUCUCAGGGGUUGUAUGGUGACAACGAGCAAUGCAGCUUCCAGCAAUAUACUUUGACCAAUGCAGUCGUCACGGCUAAAAUACCGGAUAAUGUGUCGUUCGGUCAAGCAGCUACGGUUCCGCUGGGUCUGGCUACGGCCGCAAUUGGCCUGUUCAAUCGCAAGGCUAAGACAGGGAGCGUCGGGCUAUAUCCUCCAUGGGAGGAGGGCGGAGAGGGGAAGUACAAAGGCAAACCCAUUGUCAUUCUCGGAGGGGCAAGUUCUGUGGGUCAAUACGGUGUGCAAAACCUGGCAAAAUACGCGGGUUUCUCCCCUAUCAUCUCGACUGCGUCGCUAUGGCACACCGGGUGGCUCAAAGACAGGGGCGCGACACACCUCGUCGACCGCCAUCUCCAUAGAAGUAUUACGCUUGCUGAGAUAGGGCUCAUCACCGAAGAGCCGAUCGAGGUGGUGUUUGACGCGGUCUCGGAGACAGGCACACAGACUCUAGGAUACAGUCUGCUCGCUCCCGGAGGCUGUCUCCUAACUACCUUGCCAACAGCAGUGGAUCAAGAGGUUGUGAAGAUUACUCCAGAGAGGCGAAUUGAAGAAGUUUACGGUAACGUGAAUGUGGCCGAGAGUCGAGAAUUGGGUAUUAGCUUGUAUUCAAAGCUCACGGAACUACUAGCGAAGGAGGUCAUCCGGCCGAAUCGCGUCAAAGCGUUGCCGAAUGGGUUGGAGGGCAUCAUCUCGGGAUUGCAGGAACUGAGAAAGGGCGUUAGCGGCAUCAAGCUGGUUGCAUUCCCUCAAGAAACAAAGAUCCGAGGAACAGCGGUGAUCCGGAAGUAA